AGGUCACUUUUAAGAUGCCAAAUAACAAUUUCUUUCUCAAUGCUCCUCUGAUUCUGCCUGAGAUUCAGUUGAUUGGAUUAUUGAUUCGAUUAGAGUGAUUGAAUAUCAAGAGAAACCCUGGAAUGGGUUGUGGAGCGAGCACUGGUACUGGAGCCUUGCCGGAGUCGCAGAAAUGGAGGGAAUUCGACAGAACGCAAGCUGGGUUUGACAGAGGAAGGGCAGCUACGACCAGAAAAGCCUACUCAGCGUUUCUGGGCGUUGGAGGGAAACAACAGAUCAACGGAGGUCGUCAGCACUCCGCCCCUCCAUUGGGUCGACAGACGGACUUUGACAGUAAGUCGACGAUGGACGAGUACAUGUAUCUGGAUGACAGUAUUAGGGACAUGGAGAAAACGAGUCCUCUGAAACGUUUGGAACUGAAACAAUUUGCCUUGGCUCAGGUGGUGGAAGAACUGGACAGCAAAGAGCAAGAACUCAAAACCAAGGAAUAUGCGCUGAGUCACAUUUACAACUUUUUUGAGGAACAAACAACAACCACCUUUAAAUCACCUACCCUGUCAGACCACCACAACUCUGACAAACAGAUCAUGGCUUCUUAUCCAGGCUUGACUGUCACGCUUCGCCAGGAGCUGGAGGCGCUGAAGCAGCGCAAGGCAGGGCUGGAGGAAGAAGCACGUGCGCUGACGAGUCCAGCAGAACGCCUGCUUCAACUCUACCAACGCGAGGACGAGCUUUUAGACAGAAUGUUCGGAGGUAAAUACGGGAGUGAGAGAGAAUUCCAGUUGGAGAAGGAACUCGAAGACUUGACCUUCAUCAGAGCAAAAAUCAUCGAGGUCAACAAAGGUUGGCGUCAAGCUAAACUUAUGGUGGACUAUUCAGCCCUGCAAAUAAAUCGAGGUCUAGAGCUCUGGAGGAAUAUACUUCAGAUUCACAUGGACGAGAAACGUUUUAUUUUGAACAUUAGAGAGCAGGGGAAAGAAGGAGCCACGAGGGACGGGAUGCAAGAAACUGUGCAGAAAGCCGAAGAAUACUUCAGCGCUGCGUCGCAGAAUCUCGAGAGUGCACAGCAAUACGUCGAGAUGGAGUUUCCGUAUUGCGAUCGAGAGGACUUGACGGUGUUUAAUCAGGCUUUGAUAUACAUAUCUGAUGAUGCUGAAGAAAGAGACAGAGCAACACAUGCUGCUGAUGUUUAUGUCACCAUCCAUCAUCGCUCACUGGCAUUGUCGCAAUGGCUGAAGCAAGCUAUAGAAGCAUAUUUCACGAAGGAUUUGCACGAAAUAAAUGAUAGAAUCAAGAUGAAAACUCUGGCACUUCGCAGAGAACGAGUUUAUCUGAUCAAGACAAAGCUACAUGAACUUUAUGGACGUCCAGUGGAUGUGAAUCCCGAUUUUUUGGAGACUCCCCCAAACUCGGGUCUUGGGGAAACAAGUUUGGCGCUGACAGAAAACCUGAGCGGCACUGGAUUGGUCCGAAAUAACUCGAUGAUGGACAUGAGCAGAAUCGAGUCAGCUGACAUGGGAACCUUGCCUGACGAUUUCAAAAUGGCUCCUUUGCCUACCAGAGAAGAUGUUUUUGGUCGACUCGAAGAGCUGACAGCCCAGCACAAGGAAGACAUGAAUCAGUAUAACAGCAGCAAAGUCGCAGCAAAAACUCACGUGGAAGCAACUCUGCAAGAAAAAUUGGCGCAAAGGAAACAGCGUCGAGCGAAGCUGCACUUGGAAGAGGCCCAACGCGCAGAAUUUUCUGAACCCAUAAUGGCUUGAAUGUUGAAAAACUGCGAUUAUUUAAAGCAAAAAAAGUAACUCGAAAAUCGACAGCUUCUUGCGACAGAACCUUCGGUUUCCAAAUAGCAUUCGAGUAUUCCAGUCCUUCACAAUUUUUUUAAAAUCAAAAAUCGUAUUGUUUUUGUGUUACAAUUACUUAUUGGUUCAUCUUUAUUCACAUGCAGAAACCAUGGUUACGAUUCCAAAAAUUCUCUCUCAUUUUUAAAAUUUGUCCGAUACCACUCUUCACGAACUAGUUUUUCUGCUGUACGUCAUCCGAAGCAACUCAAUUGUUGAAAUACGUGCAUUUAAAUUGCUAAAAUGUGUAAAUUUUGUAGGGGAAGAACGAGAACAUCGACAUGCAAAAAAAUAGCAUGAAUUAUUUUCGGCAUUUCCUUGAAAAUUUCGGGGAAUUUUUGAUGUGAACUCAAAGCUUGAUAUUUUUUAUUUCGUAUUCAGGGUAAAAUAUAAUAAAUAGACUAUAAUAAUUGUAUGAGUCGGAUAUUUUUUUAUCACACUCACCACAGGAUGCAUUGAAGUCAGUCAUUCAUUUUCAAAUGUAGAAAGGAAUCAGCAAGAAUAUUUUUGGAAAAUCUCAGUUUUGAUGCGCAAGUAUGGUAAUUUUUUUGGUUAUGCAAAAUCGUCAAUUGUCGGAUAAAUAUACAGGGUAUAUGGGGAUGUAUUUAAAAAGUGAGAAGCCCUGAAAAUGCACGUGGCCGUUUAUUUCGA